CUAGCCACUGUAGCAAGACUACGCACGCGCUCCCGUGCGUGGCCGUACUUUUUGCACGCAAAAUGAGCCAGGAUUCACCUAGGAACACUCGGAAACGCUAUCUCGACAGAGAUGAGCCCUUUGUGCUGCCGCGGUCGACUGCGUUUUGGAAAAAACAGCAAGAGCGCUGCCGCCUCCGUGACCCUGGCUCCGAUGCCGGAGUCUCCGCAGACGCGCAGGCAUCAAGCAGUGACCCGCCGCCGUCGACCAGUGAGCCUGCCUUGACCGCAGACGACGCAGACGAUGCGCUUAGUCACGGCAGCAACGUCGACUUGGAUCCCGAGGACGUGCGCUCAUCACAGGCCGACAGCCACUUUGACGACGACAGCGUCGGCGACCGCGCGGAGACGGAUGAUGGUGCGUGCGCUGAAAGUGCCGAGGAAACCCAGCUGCAUGAGCCUUCUAUGGAGGACAUAUUCAGUGACUGCAGCGACAGUUUCGAAAGCGAUGGCGACACUGAAGCUGGCAACGAAUCGGAAGAGGCGCGCCCCACCUUUCUAGAUGAGUCGGAGUUACUAGCAGCAGAUUUUGCGCUCUUGGACUCCCAGACUCUUCCAGGGUCAACAACAUCGAAGGCAGCUGCAGUAGUCAUGAUCAUGGCCUUUGUCAUAACUCAUGGCCUCAGCUGGGUGGCCUUGGAUGAUCUUCUCAGCCUUAUUGAUGGCCUCUUUGGCUUUAAGGGGAACACUCUUCCACGAACAAAGCACCUGUUCAGGAAGAUGUGGUCGUCCAAAACAAAGAGCCUCGUCAAGCACUUUUUCUACUGCGAUGUCUGUGGCAGCCUGCUGAACUCCCAAACUGGCGCAAGUAGCAUGAGGUGCCCCACUUGUUCUGUAGACAGUGACGUCUCUGCGUUGAAGGCCAAAGGAAAUUUUUUUAUUAUUUUAGACUUGAAAGAGCAAGUGAAAUCAUUGAUUGCUCGAAGUAAGGAUGCUCUCUACAAGCGACUUAUUCAGUUGAAUGAAGAGAGCAACCAAACCUCAAGGGCCUUUGACGACAUAACAAGUGGGGAAAUGCUCAGGAAACUGCGCCAGAGUGGGACAGUAGGCAGCAUGGACUUGACGCUCACAUUCAAUACAGAUGGGAGCCCCGUCUUUAAAUCGUCAACGUCAUCGAUAUGGCCAAUCCAGUUCUUGAUAAAUGAGCUGCCACCUGAUUGUCGUAUGAAAAAUUGCUUGGUUGCUGGCCUUUGGUUUGGACGCCACCCUAACAUGUCACUGUUCAUGGGCAAGUUCGUGGAAGAAGUCAACAACUUUGGCCACCUGAUCUGGAGGACAGCAUCAUCAGUCAUCAAGUCGACCAUCCAUGCCGUCUGCUGCUGCGUUGACGCACCUGCUCGUGCUGCUGUGAUGAGCAUGGUCCAGUUUAAUGGCUUGUUUGGGUGCCCCUGGUGCUACGCUUGCGGAGAGCAUCAUGAAGGAGGCCAGAGGUACAUGAACGUUGCGGCAGAUGAGCUACGAACAUCGAAAGGCAUGCUCCGGGAUAUGAAAUUCGCCAUUGAGGUCGGCGAGCCAGUGAAUGGUCUGAAAGGACCUUCACGACUUGCAAGGCUGAAGGGCUUUGACCUUGUCCUCGGCCAAACUGUGGACUACAUGCACUGUGUCCUUCUUGGUGUCACAAAGUGUUUCGCAGAAGCUUGGUUCGACUCAAGCAACAAUCAGGAAGCAUAUUACAUAGGGCGCCCACCAACUGUGGCUCAAGUGGACAAGAGGCUGCUCUCCAUCAAGCCUCCUCAGUGCUUCACUAGGCUCCCACGCUCGAUCAAAGAACGCUGCCAUUGGAAGGCAAGUGAAUGGCGCCACUGGCUCCUCUUCUAUGCCGUGCCAUGCUGCUCAGGGAUCCUGCCACAGCGCCACCUGAACCACUUUGUGCUUCUUGUUGAAGCUGUGCACACACUCCUUUUAGAGGAGCUGACUUUGCCACAAGUUGAGCGUGCUGGUCGUCUGCUGCAAGAGUUUGUCUCUCGGACAAAGACCCUCUACAGUUCACGCAUGAUGACGUUCAACCUGCAUCAAUUGCUGCACCUUGCGUCUUCUGUGGAAAGGUUCGGGCCACUAUGGGCACAUUCGGCCUUUGUGUUCGAGAGUGGCAAUGGAAGGCUGCUGAAGACAAUCACGGGAGCAAAAGGGGUGCCGAACCAGGUUGUAGAGAGGCUCGUGAUGCUCCAGCAGCUGCAUCUCGUCACGAAACUGCAGUCCUUUGAAACUAAGGUCAAAGAUUUCACCUGUUCUCUUCUUGGCUACCCAAAAACUUUGGCAGUCAGAUGUAUUGACUCAAUAUCAUUGUUUGGAAAUUCUGACCCUGUGCCUCAGUUGACAGCAGAGGAAAUCAGUGCUUUGCCCUCGGUGUUUAUGUCUGCAAGUGCUUUCUAUGAACAUUUUCGUUUUGCCUUCAAGGGAACAAUUUUGCACAGCAGGCGUUAUAAGAGGGCAAAAAAGAGUGAUAGCAGCAUUGUGCGCACUGCUGAAGAUGAAUAUUUUGUCAUCAACAGGAUUGUUGUUGUCGUUCAGAAUUCCUCGCACAAUGCUGAAGAAAUCAUUCUUUUGUGCAAGAAGAUAGUAUGCACUGAGAGUAAUGUCAAGCUGCCUGGCCACAUUAAGGAGUGUUUUUUUUCACAUGUGUCUACUCCAUCUGUGUUGAAGGUUUCCGAUAUUGUUGCACAUUGUUUGUUAAUUGCAUUCCCAGGUGAUGAAAAAAUGUACGUGUGUGAUUUGCCCAACUCCAUCGAACGAGACUGAUGGCAAAUGGAAUUAGCCGGAACAAUUUCCAGUGCAAGAGUGCUGAAGGGACACUACAGGAAAAUACAAUUGAAACCCGCAAUAACGAAAUCGGCGGGGAAAGCAAAAAAAUUCGCUCUUGCGGGAAUUUUGUUGGCAUGAGAAUGCGGCAGAAAAGACAGGGAAUUGCCUAAAAACACAUUUUAUUGCCAAAAGUCAAUUCGCUUACUUUUCCAACCCUUUCUGCUGUUCACAAAACUACGUGAACACCGCUUUGUCCAUGUCCGGGAACACUGCAGCCGUCACGGUUUUGUUUCUUGCUCCCACGCCGUUUUCAAGCGCACCAAGAAUGG